UUUCUAAUAUAUUUCCUGGUUUCACUACAUUUUAUAAUUUUAAUGCGACAGGUGGCAUUCUAUUAAAUCGCAAGUCCUUUUUAUUAAAAACACAACGCCCUUUUCUAAUAAAAAUCACACCCUUAAGUGUCACUUUGUAGUUCGUUGAUGAAUGAUGACUUCAUUUAUGAAGUCAUUUAUUUUAACCACUCAGAUGUAGAGUAGGAGCUAAUUGUAAAUGUUAAUGACACGUUUCUACCUGUUUGGUGAUUUUUUAUUUUAUACCAGACUAUGUUUUUUUCUUAAUAUUUUUCUCCACAUAAACAUAUCUUUUUACAAUAAGACUGGGUUGUGAAUGAAAAACAUAUGAAAUAAAUAAAAACAGCAGCAAAUUUACACGUAAAAACUUACCUAGUUUGUCACGCGCUAGACGGGUCUAAAAUUACCAUAGCAACAACACGCCGCUCGAGCGGAUGUAUUAAAAAAAUUGGUAGAGCUACUGUUCGUUGUUUGAAGCUUUAUUAGGCAUAUUUUUAUUAUUUUGCAAGCCGGCCGAAAUGACAGAUAUUCUUUUAAAAUGACGUCACACAGCAAGCAAAUCCAAUGUGCACCCGGAAAAGUCUUAUCGGUUUUAAAAACAAAAUCUGUUAUUACCAAAAAAAACUAUAAUAACAAAUCGCACAAUACAAUCCGAUGCAUGAUAUAAUCAGAUACAAUCUGGAGCGAUUUAAUUGUAUUUUUUCUAAUAAUUUUACAAUGACGUUCAGCGUGGGUGCCCCAGAUCCAGCAAUAGGUGGCCCAGUUACCCUCAUCUCUCUCUCUCUCUCUCUCUCUCUCUCUCUCUCUCUCUCUCCUGCUGUUGCAGUCUAGUCUCUGCUAGUCAAGUGUGUAGUAACCCUCUCGCGUCAAAGUGCCCUUCCCUUUCCAGUUUUCCCAUACUCGUACGGGUUUGAUGGUUCACGUGUGCCUUUUCACAGGGACACAAUAAUCCUCCGCUGCUCAUUCAGACACCUCCAACAAUGUCUUCAAGAAACUGAUCUUGACAAUGUUUUUACAUCAACUGUUACCCGCGUAACAUCGUUACAUGCAAUUAAAACGAUGACUCGCGCAGCUGUGCGCGUUCCCAGGCAGUCCGCGUCAUGAGCGCGCACUGAACGCGCUCGCGGUCUUCGUGUCAUAUCGUCUACAUGAGCCGCUCAACAUUAUUGACUAUGGAAAGCUGAGCCUGCUUCAUUCAUACAACAAAACAAUAAAGCUGAGGUCAUACACAGGAUUUUAUUCACUCCACAUCAGUGGGACACGACAGGGCGUAGGCCAUGGGCGCCACAAAGAGCAAACCCAAAGAGACAGGCCAACGCUCCCGUAGUCUAGACGAUGGUAAUGGAGGACACCACCACAGUCCCAACCAAUCAUCCUUCACGCCCAGCCGGAGCCCGGCGGUGGACGGAACCAGACGCGGCACCCAGCCCAACAUCAUCAACGCAGAGCAGGCGCUGUUUGGAGGCGUCAGCUCAACGACCAACAGCAUCACCUCUCCUCACCGUGGCACGCUAGCAGGUGGAGUGACCACGUUUGUGGCUUUGUAUGACUAUGAGUCACGCACUGCUUCUGAUUUGUCAUUCAGGAAAGGAGAACGACUCCAGAUUGUCAAUAACACGAGAAAGUUCAACCCCAGGGAGGGUGAUUGGUGGCUGGCUCGCUCGCUGACGACAGGAGAGAGCGGCUACAUUCCCAGCAAUUACGUGGCACCAUCCGACUCCAUCCAGGCUGAAGAGUGGUACCUUGGAAAGAUCACACGCAGGGACUCCGAGCGUCUCCUCUUGAGUUUAGACAACAGGAGAGGAACGUUCUUGGUCAGAGAGAGUGAGACCACCAAAGGUGCCUACUGUCUGUCUGUCCUUGACUACGACAACGUCAAAGGCCUAAAUGUCAAACAUUACAAGAUCAGGAAGCUGGACAGCGGGGGAUUUUACAUCACGUCGCGCACACAGUUCACUACUUUACAGCAGCUGGUCAACCACUAUAGACAACAUGCUGAUGGCCUUUGUCACUGUCUGACCGAUGUAUGUCCAGUGCAAAAGCCUCAAACCACAGGUCUGGCCCGAGACGCCUGGGAGAUUCCACGGGACUCUCUCAGACUGGACGUCAAACUGGGCCAGGGCUGUUUUGGAGAAGUCUGGAUGGGUACGUGGAACGGUACGACAGGCGUGGCCAUUAAAACUCUGAAGCCUGGCACCAUGUCUCCCGAGGCCUUUUUGCAGGAGGCACAGGUCAUGAAGAAACUCCGACAUGAGAAGCUCGUGCAGCUGUACGCCGUCGUCUCCGAGGAACCCAUCUACAUCGUCACCGAGUACAUGGGACAAGGAAGCCUGUUAGAUUUCCUAAAGGGCGACAUGGGAAAGAUGCUGCGUUUACCUCAGCUGGUGGAUAUGGCCUCUCAGAUUGCCUCCGGUAUGGCGUACGUGGAGAGAAUGAACUAUGUGCACAGGGACCUCAGGGCUGCCAACAUCCUGGUGGGUGAUAACCUGGUGUGCAAAGUGGCCGACUUUGGUCUCGCCCGACUCAUAGAGGACAACGAAUACACGGCCAGGCAGGGAGCGAAAUUCCCCAUUAAAUGGACAGCACCAGAGGCGGCUCUGUAUGGACGCUUUACCAUCAAAUCUGAUGUGUGGUCUUUCGGGGUCUUACUGACAGAGCUGACGACUAAAGGCAGGGUCCCUUAUCCAGGUAUGGUUAACAGGGAAGUUUUGGACCAGGUGGAGCGUGGGUACAGGAUGCCCUGUCCCGCCGAGUGCCCGGAGUCCCUGCACGAUCUCAUGCUGACCUGCUGGCGCAAGGAGCCCGAGGAGAGGCCGACCUUCGAGUAUCUUCAGAGCUUCCUGGAAGACUACUUUACCUCUACUGAACCACAAUACCAACCAGGAGAAAACCUCUAGACAUGCCACGCACCCAGUAUGAGAGCAGAGAAACCAGUUUUGGGAAAAGGAUGCGUCUCCAAACAUUCAGCUGGGAAAUUAAGACCUCUUAAUUUUGACUUCUCCUUCUGAAGCAUCUCUCCCUGUAAUUACCGCAUGUUUUUUUCCCUUGGCUUUGAUUUCAAAACGAGACGGCGCUUUUCUGCAUCAGUCGCAAGAAAUGCAACCACAAAUUGCUUCUUCAGCCAUGCAACGGUGCCGUGUUUGCAGAUAAUCAUUUCGAGAUGUUAUUUUCGUGGCUCUGUGACAAGUCGGCAUGAUUUUUAGAGGUUUCUUCUUGACCUCGAUGUACUGCUGCGGAUGAUCCAGAUCUGUCAAUCAUACGCUCUGCUCCUCCCCCCACGAACCCUUUCUACUCAUUCCACCCUUCUCGAGGCUGUGGGGUCUCCGUGAACCCUCUGACCCUAAACCGCAUUUCAUCAGAGGAGACGUACGUGACGGAUGAGACUUAUCACCAUCAUGAGACGUCCAGCUGAUGACGGUACUGCCCUGUACAUUUGGGAGACAUUUGUGGUUGUGGUAAAGCAACUAAACAUUUGUUUUACUCGUCUGAUGAACAGAUGCUACGAUUUAAUGUCUUCCACUAGAUAUCCAGGGUGUGUAUUUGAACAAAUGUGGUAAUUUAUGCCUUUUACUGGUAGAUAUGAAAUGUUGUCCUAUUAUGUUUUCCUUGCAUCAUCCUGGAUAAACUGGAAUAAAAAUAAUGUGAUUGGCUAAACACUGGUCACAUGACAUCUUGGCUUUUAUAGAUUGGGCGUUUGGACUUGAAACUUUCUUCCUUUUGAUAUGGACUCAUUAAAAACAAUCAUAAAGAAUGUUGGUUUCAUUUGAUACAUUUAUUCUUCUCUUCUAGUACUCAGAAAACUACUGAUAUAUUUAGCGACAUUUUUCUUAGAGCAGAGGUGACUGUAUAGUCCUACUUUGUGUGCCGAUACAAAAGAAAAAAAAAGAAUUUUGUACUGUUUUAUGAUGUAUAAAAUGUAUUUUUAUUAAUGUCAUUUUUUUGUAUCAAAGAGGGUAAGCAGGCUUUGUAACUAGAACUAAAAGUAGUUCACGCAAAAAUAAAAAUGACAUCGUUUGCUUAUCAGCGGUUCAAAGCUGUAUGAUUUUUCAGUCGACGUCUGACUUGAGAAUAUUACUUUUCCAUAGAAUUGUAGUUUCUAUCGGAUCAAAAAAGGAAAAAAGCAUCAUUAAUGUAGGUCAGAUCAAUUUCAUGCUGUUCAGAUCCUUCUGAAGAACUAUUACUAAAUUUCCUUGCGUGUUCCAUACAGUCAUACAGCUUUGAAAUGGCCACAAACUUAAGUAAAUGACAAUAAAGCUUCUAUUUUUGGGUGAGCUGUUUUUUUAAGUAUCACUUUUGUUGAAUAUGACCAUCAAAAGAUGACUGAACUGACUCCUCAAACGUGUUAAAUGCUUGAAUUUCAAAUGUUGUCUUAUUUUGGCUUUUUGAUAAAUCGUGACCCGCAAAGUUGCCAGUACGUUACAUGCAAAAUAGCAAUCAUUAUAACUUCUAAUUCAACAAGUAACAUGUUUAUUGCUACUUAAUUUUCAGAUCUUUAUGUAUUAACACUGUAAUGUCCCACAGAAAGCCAUGAACCCAAUCUGUGAGGUGUUUCACGUUAGAAUCGAGUGUUAAACAAUGCAUACCUGAUAAGGUCAGUUAUAGGCCUACUGAACGCUUACAACCGCCACUGACCUUAAACCAAGCCUGAGAAAGCAAAUGCCCCAAAAUAAUAAAAUUACUGCUAAGACGAUGUAGUAUGAAAAUGAAUUGAAACGGGAUGUUUUUAUUGGUUUGCAUUCAGAAUGGUUUGGAACUGUGAAUUGUGGGUAAUGUCAAGUGCUGACGCGAAUGGCAUGCGCGUGAAUUGAUACUUUCGCUGGAAAAUCUGAUCUCCAUUGACACCUGUCAAUAUACUGUAAAUACUUCAUGGUUACUGUAAAUAUUCUUUUCAUAUUUAUUCCUAUACUGUAUGUCGCAGGUUAGGGUCGAACAGCUGAUCUUUGUUUCGCCCUAAAAACUAGUUUUAGUCAAACUGGUGUUCUGCCCCACAAAGAAAUCUUGAUCUUUCAGAAAUGCAAAUGAAUUCUCAGAAGUUCUUGUUUAUGUAACUGCAUAAGUUAGACAUGCUGAGUGAGCCAAUCGCACGACAUGAUGUGAUCACAUGAUCUGAUUAGGUCCAACUCUUGUAUCAUUUUCAUUACAUAUUUAACUAAAUGUAUUUAGUCUUAAUUAUCCCUUGAGGUUUGACUCACAGCAAACUUAAGUAUUGACAGCGACUUUCAUUUGAUGCUUUUUGUUGCAGCUCUUAUUUGCAAUAAAUGUGCUGUUGCUUUUGACAUGAUUACUUAUUACUGCAAUGUUAAACCGCACUGUAUACGUCGUUCUGAACGUGAUGCGAGACACUGAACUGACAGAUUUGAUUGACUUGUGAGAAAUGAGCCUGCUGUUAGUAAGAACGUUGCAAAGCAAAUGACAAAUCUUAAUAAAAAAUGUUUAAAAAAAUGGUUAGAUCUACAAGUAAACAACACAUUGCAUUUCUUCAGCAUUCAAGCUAUGCAGUUGCCUGUCUGUAUUACAACUGCAUUUGCUCAGAAUCGAACCUCAGGUUCGCAUUGUAGUUCUGCAACGUCAUGGCCUGUAUCAAAAUAAAAAAGAACACUGAAAUGAAAUUUGUACUUUCAAAAUUUAAUUUGAGACAGUGUUUUUUCAAGUGCAAUAAACUAUGUUUC